UUAAGUAUUAAGUGUUCUAUUACUUAGUGUUACGGAGUAGUAUUUUCUUGCAAACUAGCUCAUCAAUAACCAUGAAAAGAUCCUCUAACUCCUCAUCCAAAAGAGAUAGGAAAACCAUGGAGAAAGAUCGUAGAAACCACAUGAAGAACCUUUGUUCCCAACUCAACUCCCUUGUCCCCCAAGAUCCUUCCUCCUAUCCAAGGGCGGUUCCUGAUCAAAUUGGAGACGCGACAAACUACAUAAGGCAGCUGCAAGAGAACGUGGAAAAUUUGAGGCAAACAAGGGAUGAACUGCAGGGAGGCGGAGGAUCAAGCGGGAGUGGAGGGGGCUACUCCACGAAUUCGCCGGUCCAAAUAGAAGUGAAUGAAAAUGGUAGCGCCUUAGAGGUAACUUUGGUGACUGGAUUGGAGUGCCAGUUUGUUUUCACUGAGGCAAUCCGAAUUCUGCAUGAGGAAAACGCUGAAGUUGUGAAUGCAAGUUAUUCUGUUGCUGAAAACAUUGUCUUUCACACCAUCCAUGCACAGUUGGGUGAAGCUGCAUCAAGCAACGCGGUUGCAAGGAUUACUCAGAGGUUGAAGAACUUUGAGCUCUAAGUGUUGGGUUUGGAUAUAUGCUGAUUUACCUAGGCAUGAUGAAAGUUUAUGACCUAGGAUCCUUAAUAUAAUAUGGGUUUUAUAAGUAAUGUCGAUCAUUAGAUCUUGAUAUAAUAAUUUCAAGUGUUCUUAUGUGUUUUACAUGAUGAUGGAUAUCAUCUAUCUACUAAUAUAAGCUAGUGAUUGUCUUGUAUUACUGUUAUGCUUCUGAUUCGAUGUAAUCAGCCUAUGUAAUAUAUAUCUAUAUGAAAUGCUUGCAAAAAAUGUCAUUUGUGAAA